UCUAUUCUAUAAACUAACCUAUCCAUUGUAUCUUUCCAGUUGAGAUCUACCUAUCGCCUGUGGAGACACACUGCAGCAAUGUGGACUACUUCAUCCCUGACGAGAACAACGAGACGAAAGGCCUUUCGGACGACGCGAUGAACAGGCUGCAUAUGGCGCGCUCAACGGUAGCUCUGUUCAUCGUGGCGUUCCUAGCAUUGUUCAUUGCCUUCUGGACUGGCGUGGUCGGCUGCUGGAAGCGCAGUCCUGGCAACAUCACCGCCACAGCCAUACUUAUGCUUGUCACAUGUUUAUUAGCAGCGGGUGCGAUGGCAUUAUGGCAUGGCGUGGAGUUCUACGAGAAGGAAAAGGUUGUUGGAGAGGAGUACUACCAACAGUGGCCUAAUAUAUUACGUGACAACUCGCGCGUGUGGUACGACUGGUCGUACAUGGUCGCGUGGUGCGGCGUGGGCCUGUCGCUGCUGUCCGCCAUCUUGUUCUCGUCGGCGGCCAUUUGCUUGCGCGGCGAGCGGGAGCGGGAGGAGGCGCUUAACAUGCAGUACCUCAUGCCCGUGUACCCACAAAAGCAGCAGUACGCUUACGCGGGCUACCCGCCGCCCCAGGCGUACCCGGGCCCCUACUACCACGGGUCGCAGUACGGCCCCUACAACUACUGA